AUGUCAUUUGUAGGAGGAGGAUCAGAAUGUGCUGUAAAUGGAAAUGUUGUAUCACAAUUAAAUAAACAUACUCAACAAGAUAGAUCAUUACAACAACAAGCAUCAUCACAACAUGGUAAUCAAAUAUUAAAUAAUCAAGGUUUUAAAAGAGAAAAUUUAAUAAAUGUAAGAGAUAGACAAAAUUUAGAUCAAUUUAUGAAUAAUGGAAAUAAUUCACAACAAAAUUCAUUUCAAUUUCAACAAAUGAAACAUGAAUUAAAUCAUAUGAAUCAAUUACCUCAACACCAGCAGCAACAACAAAAUUGGUCUCAAGAUUUUAAACAACAAUCUCAUUCACCAGUACCUCAACAACAAAACAUCACAAAUAAUAGUCAAUGGGCUAAUGAUUUUAACCAACCAGCCCUUCAACAACCUCAAACUUUACAACAACAUCAAGAUCAUCAACAAUAUCAAAAUCAACAAAACGGUUUCAACUCAUAUAGACCAAUGAUGAAUUAUAGACCUAUGAUGGGAAUGAGUAUGUCAUCUAAUUUCCAACAACGAAAUCAACCACAAUUAUCUCAACAAUCACAAAAGCAAGAAACUGAACAACAAGUAGAUUGGGAUGAUCAAUUUAAAAAAAUUGAAGAAUUAUCUGAUAAUUUAAAAGAAGAUACAAAAUUAGCUGAUGAUCAAGAUGAUAUAGUUAUUGAUGAUAAAUAUCAAGCAACAUUUCAAGAAGUUUGGGAUAGUCUUAAUUCAGAAGCAUUAGAAAAUGAUUUUAUUGAACAACAAUAUGAAGAAUUUAAACAUACUCAAAAAGAAACUUUCCCAGCAGAUAUGAAUCAAUGGGAAAAAGAUUUUGCAAAAUAUGCUUCAACAAGAGCUCAUUUUGGUGAUUAUCAAUUUGAAGAUAUAAAAACAAAUCAAUUUAUGGAUUUACCACAAGAUCAAGAUCCUUAUGAAAUUGGUUUACAAUUAAUGGAAAAUGGUGCAAAAUUAUCUGAAGCUGCUUUAGCUUUUGAAGCUGCUAUACAAAAAAAUGAAAAUCAUGUUGAUGCAUGGUUAAAAUUAGGUGAAGUACAAACUCAAAAUGAAAAAGAAAUUGCUGGUAUAUCAGCUUUGGAGAAAUGUUUAGAAUUACAUCCUGAAAAUUCAGAAGCCCUUAUGAAUUUAGCAAUUUCAUAUAUUAAUGAAGGUUAUGAUAAUGCAGCAUUUGCUACAUUAGAAAGAUGGAUUUCAACAAAAUAUCCACAAGUUGCUGAAAAGGCAAGACAAGAAAAUCCAGCAAUUACAGAUGAAGAUAGAUUUUCAUUAAAUAGAAGAGUUACUGAAUUAUUUUUAAAAGCUGCACAAUUAUCACCAGAUCAUGCAAGUAUGGAUGCAGAUGUUCAAAUGGGUUUAGGUGUAUUAUUUUAUGCUAAUGAAGAUUUUGAUAAAACUAUUGAUUGUUUUAAUGCUGCAUUAACUAUAAAACCAGAUGAUGCAAUAUUAUGGAAUAGAUUAGGUGCAUCAUUAGCUAAUUCAAAUAGAUCAGAAGAAGCAGUAGAAGCAUAUUUUAAAGCUUUACAAUUAAAACCAACAUUUGUAAGAGCAAGAUAUAAUUUAGGUGUAUCAUGUAUAAAUAUUGGUUGUUAUAAAGAAGCAGCAGAACAUCUUUUAUCAGGAUUAUCAAUGCAUCAAGUUGAAGGAGUUGAUUCGGCUUCAAGUUUAAAUCAUAAUCAAUCUACUUCAUUAACUGAAACUUUAAAAAGAGCUUUUAUUGCUAUGGAAAGAAGAGAUUUAGUUGAAUUAGUUAAACCAAAUAUGGAUUUAAAUCAAUUUAGAGGAGAAUUUGAAUUUUGA